CGGACUCAAGAUGGAGGGGGCGCCCUCAUCCCCCCCCCACCCCAUGCUUCAGAGCAGGAUGGCAGCCCUGGCGUGGUGCUCGAGUGCUCGUCUCUCCUUUUGUCCUGUUUCCCUUUAGUUCGCUGUGUGCCGUCACGGGAGGGGCGUGUGGCAGAGGGACCCUUUUUUCUCUGACCUGGAGGACACCCCACGCCUCUGUUCCUGCCGCUCCGCUAUCCCGUACAGGAGGGGUGUCCCCAGCCCUGUGGCCAAGGGGAAGGAGUUACUGAAGACACUCAUGUUGCAGGACAGGUAUUCUUGAACAGUUUGGGGUUGUUCUGUAUCAGUCCUAUGCCAUCUCUCAGUGAUGAGAUUUGGACAGACCUCAGAUGGAACAUUGGUUUUGGAUGCAGUCUGAGUCCAAGUAUGAAGAAGAGAUGCCUUCUCUGCACUGGGGGAUAGAUCCUGUAUUUUCUGCAUUUGCAAGACUCUAUAUUAAAGAUAUUAUAGAAAUGAGAGAAUCUAAACAGGUGCCAGGUAUAUUCUUUUAUAAUGGCCAUCCGAUAAGACAGGUGGAUGUUGUUGGGAUAGUGGUUCAAACAAAGGAGCGAGACGCCUUUUAUAAUUGUGGAGUGGAUGAUAGUACUGGAGUUAUAAAUUGUGUCUGCUGGAAAAAUCCCAUGGUAGCAGAAACACCUUUAUCAGGUCAGCCAAGCACAUCGAGCAGUCUCAAUGUGUUUGAACAGAUGAAGAAACUCCAAGAAAUAGUAAGCCAGAAAACCAAGCUGGCAAUUGGAGAUGUCAUCAGGGUCAGAGGUCACAUCCGAACCUAUAGGCAGCAAAGAGAAAUUCAGGCUUCAUGUUUUUAUAAAGUGGAUGAUCCCGUGUGUGAUGUCCAGAUUUCAAGAAUGCUGGAGCUCCCCUCUCUCUAUAGAGAAGUUUAUGAUAAACCUUUCAAGGGCCCUGAGGAAACACAGAGCGGCCUGGAGGGUCAGAAUUUCUCAAUCCAUAUGCUGCAUGAGAAAGUGCAAAGCUUUCUAUUAGAAAACAAAAUUCAGACCUUUUACCAGCAGGAGUUGGAAACAGUUGAUUCUCUGGUGUCUCUGGCUGGUGUGCAUCUACCCAGCCCCAGCUGUCAGGAGGUGAAGUCAAAAAGUAACUCCAGUUCCAAAAGGAUUCACAGUGUUUUUAAGGAAGCAAUAAAGAUGCUACAAGAAAAAGGGGUGGUUUUCCAGAAACCUAGCAGCUCCAAGGACUUAUACUAUGUGACUGACCAUGAUAAGGAGCUGUUUAAAGUGACGCUUGAUGUGAUUAAAGAAGACUGUCGAAAACCCAGGCAUGCUGAAAAAGGCUGCCAUUUCCUUCAUGUCCUGAGUUGUGUUCGGCAGAGCUACAACCCCUCUCUGGCUGAAGUGGUGAUGCAGCGUGUCUUGGAACUGCUAGAGAACAACAGUGAUGUUGUCAGCACAAUGGAAGGAUAUUUUAUGGUAUUUUAAAGAGAAAAGAUAAGAAAGAGAGGUUGAGAGACUGUGAGAAGCUGUCAUUAGCUGGUAUGAUCUAGAUAGUGGAUAAAAAGAGCCUUUUGAUUCUCCAAAUGCUAUUUUUGUCCAGCUUCAGAGAAAUUGUUCAAAUACUUCUUUUAAUAUUCUUGCUGACUUCCUUGCUAUUCCUAGUGAUAUCAAACUGAUUCUGGACAUUCUAAUCUAGCAGGGAACUGGAAAAUAAACUGUGCUCUUUUAUUGGAGUAGGAUGAGACAUUGACCAUCCUCACAUGUGCAUCCAGUGAGCCUAAAGAAAAGUCACUACUGAAGAUCAGUUUACAGCAGUGAUCAUCUAAGGAGACAUUUUUCUGGCUUAAAGACUGAUCUUGUAAACUUUCACGUGGCAAUAGCUGUGGAUCUUUCUUUUUAUGUGAAUUUCAUACCGCCUAGAGAAAGGACACACAAGCAGAAGGAUUUGCCUAUUCUUCCUGGCAGUGCUGGUGCACCUUUGUCUGUGAAUAUGUAGUCCUCAAUCUGGACAGCUUUCCCAGUACCAAAGCAACCCUCACCAUUUUCUGUGAGGUAAUAUUCAGGAAAGGGGUCCUACAUCCCUUCCCCAUCCUGCAGCCUUUCCCACUGGUGUCAAGCAUGUCUGCAUUCCUCUGCAUUCCCAUCUGUGCUACUGAUGCCUAUUGUUGCUGUUCCUCCUCAGACCAGAAUUUUCAAGAUCGUCUAUUGUUUUGCUGUUUCAGUUGCUUCCUACAUCACAAAUGGUAAAAUAUAAAUGAGAUGCUUUGGAAAAAAAUAUACAGAAGCCACUGAGACCCACUGUAAUUUCCUCUGCCUGUUGCUUUCUGUGUCUUUUAUUCUUUGUCACUGUUGUGGUAAAAUACUGCCCAUAUCUGUGCUUGCAGAAGAACACAAGGCAUAGAAGAAACAACACUGGCCUAAAGAAGGUUACUAUGCAAGAUGUUUGAUCUGGAAUAAUUAUAACUCUGUUAUGUGCAACAGUAAAAAAGCAAAGUUGUUCGAUAUUUAUCCUUAGAGAGGCCUUGCUGCUGCAGGGGCUUGUCUGUUUAAUUAACCUGUUUAAUUUAUUGUGUGGAGGUGAGACCUUUAACUUGAAAAGAGUACAAAAGAUUGAAUUUAUCCUUCUCUCCUUUGCACCUACCCUGUAGCAGUUGAAAUAGCAGACUCCCAGGAGGCAGCUGUAGUGGUAAAGCCCUAUAAGGAUUGACAUAGCAGGGAAAAAUAAACCAUAUGCAUGAGGAAAGCCAGUGAGUAGCCCCAUGUGUGCCAGCUCUCUGGUUUGUUAUAUUAUCUGCCUCACUCCAAGCCCUGGCUGCAGAUAUAGGCUAAGAGAAAAGUAUGACAAAAUAUUUGGCAUUUGCAUUCAGAGGCCUGUGGAAAACUCUGGCCUUAAAGAGAUGUUCAUGUGUAUGAAUCAUUCAUUUGCUGCAUAUUCCCUUUUUGCUGCAGGACUCAAUAGUUGGUUUCCUCACAGAUUUCCCUACUCCUCAUGUUUCUCUGCUUUGAGUCAGGUACCUUCUAGUCAGAUCACAAUAUGGGCCCUGAACAGGUGCUGAAGGGAUGUACCUGUGCAGAAGGAAAUAGAAGAGGAUUAAGGAAGAGCUGUAGAAUAUUUGUUCCUGACUCCCUCCCCAUGCUCUGAAUAUCUCUCAGUCAGGGAAAGAAGGCAGGUUCUGAGUCAAGUGGUACUAAAGGGAAUUGAAACUUUAAUUUAUGCCUAUGAGAAGAUAUGGUUGGCCACUGGGGAGAAUUGCUUUUUAAAUUCCUGCUCUGAUUGUUGAUCAGUUUGAAGUGAUGCUUAAAAACAAGGCUGUCUAUGGAAGAAGUAGCUUGGAAUAUUGAAUCCUAAAUUCAAAUUUGCUUCAGGAAUUGCCCAUAACCAAGCAGUACAUAUGGUUAAAUUGCUUAUUUGGCCUGAAUUUGAGGAUAUUUUAAAGGAAAGUAUGAGGUGUUUCAGACCAUUUGGAAGAGUAUGGCAUCUAAUUUAAGAGACUGUCUUGGCCAUUUUCUUGAAAUGUUCUGUAUUAGCAGAAGUUUAUUUUGCUGGGAAAGGGUUAAAGGAACAGUGCUAGCUCAGUGGGAAAGGUGAUCUCUCUUAAGUUAGAAGAAAGACCCUGGUUCUCCUGAAGAUGACAGCUGAGUGUGUGGGCUGGAUGAAUUUGGGGAGAAAAAGAGAGUUUGGAGAUCAUGUUGCUCUUUAGGAUCUCUUUAUAAUAAAUUCUUACCAAAAUA